AUCAAAACGCAAGGACCAAGUGGAGGAGACUAGCCCCGGUCUUAUAAAAGUCUUUCGCACUAUCUCUCCCGCCUAGGUCUCCAACGGUUUUAGACGGCGCCGCCGUUAAAGUAUGUCCAAGCCGCCCCACGCGCCGCCGCAUCUACUCUACAAGCAGCAGUCGUGGUCGCCCGACGUUCUCCGGGAGGAGGCGUGGGAAAGGCGAAAGGUUAGCAAAGUCACCGGCGGCCGCCAUCGUCACUCCAAGAGCGUUUCCGAGGACGAUCUACAAGAACUGAAGGCUUGCAUCGAACUUGGAUUCGGGUUCGACUCGCCCGAACUCGACCCGAAGCUGUCGGAUACAAUCCCGGCUUUGGAGUUCUACCACGCUGUUAACAAACAGUACAAUCACAGCCUAUCGAGGUCGUCGUCUUCGUCGUCGCUGGCUGCCGAGGGCGACGCUGGAAGUUCCGGCACCGUAAUCGAUCCAGGGGAUGAUUUGGGUGCGAGGAAGACGAAAUUGAGGCAAUGGGCCCAGGUGGUUGCUUGUGCGGUGCGGCAAUCAUCUUCAAGCUGUCACACAAUUCGGGACCCUGCUGAUCCGUAAUAUCGAUUAAAGUGUAAUGCAUAUGCAAUUAUGCUGGGCAUGCACCUUGAAAGAAUAUUCCUGACAGAAAUAUCAAAGAUUUCAUGUGCAGU